AAUAAUCUCAGACAAUAACACUAUGGUAAGCGCCUGUCAAGGCCGUCCCACAUUUUUCUGAUUGGUUAAUAAAAGGACAAAGAGCCUUACUGUCAGCUACAACGUUGUCUUAGGUGACUCUUCCACAUUAGAAUACACCAGAAAAAAAUGCCAUCAGUACUUAGAGUCUUUAUCUUUAUGGGCCUCCUGUCAUCAUACAAUGCAUUUGGGGAGCCUGCUUCUCUCUGUCAGAUACGGGGAAAUCCAGAGUUACCUGUACUGUCUAAAAAAGGAGAUGUGACCAUUGGAGGUGUUUUUUCCAUCCACAGCAAAAUCACACAACCUUCACUUCUCUUUACAGAGAUGCCAACAAUAUUUAAGUGUACCAGUAUUAACCUAAGGGAGUUUCGAUUUGCUCAGACAAUGAUUUUUGCAAUUCAAGAAAUAAAUGAAAAGAAGGGGCUUCUUCCCAAUGUAACUAUUGGAUAUCGGAUUUAUGACAACUGUGCGUCAACAUUAUCCUCAAUGCGUUCAGUAAUGGCUCUUUUGAAUGGUGAUGAGUUGACUUUGGGAAACAGCUGCUCAGGCCAGUCAGCUGUUCAUGCUGUUAUUGGAGAGUCUGAAUCUUCUUCAACUGUUGUCCUUUCCCGCACUACAGGACCAUUCCAAAUUCCAGUGAUAAGUCAUUCAGCCACUUGUGAGUGUUUAAGCAGUAGGAAGAACUAUGCCUCUUUUUUUCGAACCAUUGCAAGUGAUCUCUAUCAAAGCCGUGCCCUUGCACAGCUGGUCAAACACUAUGGUUGGACCUGGGUCGGAGCAGUGAACAGUGACAGUGAUUAUGGCAACAAUGGGAUGGCCAUCUUCCUCUCUGCAGCGCAAGAGGAAGGAGUGUGUGUGGAAUACACAGAGAAAUUUGACAGGGCAGAGCCAGAAAAACUUCUAAAUGUGAUAGAGGUGAUUAAAAAGAGCACAGCUCAGGUGAUUGUUGGCUUUCUUGCCCAUGUAGAAAUGAAUAACCUGCUUGAGCAGUUGAGUGUCCACAACAUCACAGGACGCCAGUUCAUUGGUGUGGAGGCCUGGAUCACUGCGGACAGCCUUGUGACUCCUACUAGCUUUAGUGUGCUGGGAGGUGCAUUAGGCUUUGCAGUAGAAAAGACCAACAUCAGUGGCCUGGAGGACUUUCUAGCUAGAGGUUUCUGGGAAACAGAAUUUCUGUGCAAUGAGACAAACACAGAGUCAAGUCGAAAAACUUGCAAAGAGAACCAGGAUUUAAUGGAGCUUGGAGAUAAUACGGAGAAUGUAGCAGAGCUAAGAUACUCUACUAACAUAUACAAAGCCAUAUAUGCUGUAGCACAUUCUUUGCACAGCGUUUUGAAGUGUUCAGAUGGUGAAGGGUGUAAAAAGACUGUGGAGGUAAAGCCAUGGGAGGUAGUUGAGGCUUUAAAGCAUGUGAACUUUACUAUUAAAAAUGGGGACAAAGUGUGGUUUGAUCAUACUGGGGCCACUGUUGCCAGGUAUGAGGUGGUGAACUGGCAGCGUGGAACAGAUGGAUCAGUUCAGUUUAAACCUGUUGGCUACUAUGAUGCUUCACUACCCUCUGGCAAGAGGUUUGUACUUAACACAAAGAAUAUAAUGUGGCCAGGGGGAACUAAUAAGUUACCUGUUUCAGUUUGCAGUGAAAGCUGUCAUCCAGGAACCCAUAAAGUCCUUCAGAAAGGAAAACCUGUAUGCUGCUUUGACUGUAUACCAUGUCCAGUUGGGGAAUUCAGCAACACUACAGAUUCUAUUGGCUGCAAAAAGUGUCCUGAAGCAUAUUGGUCCAAUCCAAACAGAGAUGCGUGUUUACCAAAAAACAUAGAAUUUCUCUCAUUUAUUGAAAUUAUGGGCAAAAUACUAGUAUUUUUUACUUUGUUUGGUGUUCUGCUAACUUCAAUAGUAGCCACACUGUUUUUAAUUAAUAAGGACACUCCACUAGUGAAAGCAAACAACUCUGAGCUGAGCUUCUUGUUGCUCUUCUCCUUGUCUCUGUGUUUCUUGUGUUCAUUAACAUUUAUAGGCCAGCCCACUGAGUGGUCCUGUAUGCUGCGACACACAGCAUUUGGCAUCACCUUUGUCCUCUGCAUCUCUUGUAUUCUUGGGAAAACAAUAGUGGUUCUAAUGGCCUUUAAAGCUGCACUUCCAGGUAGUAAUGUGAUGAAAUGGUUUGGACCUGCACAACAGAGAUUCACUGUUUUGUUUUUCACUUUUAUACAGGUGAUAAUUUGCAUCCUUUGGAUAACAAUAAAUCCUCCUUUUCCUUUAAAAAACAUGAAUUACUAUAUGGAGAAGAUAAUCCUUGAGUGUGCUUUGGGAUCAUCUGUUGGAUUUUGGGCUGUGUUAGGAUACAUUGGACUCCUUGCCUUAUUAUGUUUUGUACUUGCUUUCUUGGCCAGAAAGUUGCCAGAUAGCUUCAAUGAGGCUAAACACAUCACCUUUAGUAUGUUGAUUUUCUGUGCUGUCUGGCUCACCUUCAUCCCAGCUUAUGUCAGCUCACCUGGAAAAUUUACUGUAGCUGUUGAGAUAUUUGCUAUUCUAGCUUCAAGUUACGGGAUACUAUUGUGUAUAUUUGCACCAAAGUGCUUUAUACUUGUUCUGAAACCUGAGCUAAACACAAAGAAACAACUUCUAGGAAAACAUAAUGUUAAGUAGCUUAAUAUAACACACAAUGCUUUCUUUAGUUUUUUUUAAAUGUUGCCAUUUUUUGUUAUCUUCCAUCACAAAAGGUUUAAAUGAUAUAUCUUUUUCAUGUGAAAAUGUGCCAUUCAGCUGUAAAACAAACGUGUUUUAAAUAAGCCUAAAAACAUCAAUAUAUAUUAAAUUCAUAAUAAUGUAC